GUUGUGUGCAAGUAAAUGAACCUGUAUCUUAAUACCUAGGGUACGUUGUCCCCCACGUGAGACCGAGUCUUCUCUCGCUCUUCCAAAUUCAACAGCGGAAUAAUCUACGAAGUGAGCUAAAGUGAUGUCCAACAAGGAAUCACCUGGUAUUGUAUUGCAUACUGUGGCUGGAAUCCAGUUUCAUUUCUGUCCAGUAUGAAUUGCGAACUCUAAAUAAUAUUGCCUUUGAAAAAUAAUGGCAAACUCAAUUCGGGUUUACGGAGGGAAAUAUGGAAAAUUUGCAGUGGAAUAAUCUGAAAAGGCAUUGAAAUUCAUGAUAUCAGGCCCUAGAGACAUGGGUCUUGCAGCCAGAAACGUAGAAAAUAAGCCGUUUGUCUUUCUAGGCGUUCUAUACGAAAGUGCUGUGGCAGGAGCUGCUGCUGGGGCAGUGGUGGAAGCUGUUUUAUAUCCGAUAGAUACCAUAAAAACUAGAUUGCAAGCAGUUAGUGGUGGGAGUCAAAUUGUUUUGAAGGGCCUCUACUCGGGAUUGGCUGGAAAUCUUGCUGGUGUUAUACCGGCGUCUGCACUGUUCGUCGGCGUAUACGAACCUACAAAGCAGAAAUUGCUGAAGAUAAUUCCUGAAAACUUCUCUGCCGUGGCACACUUGGUAAAUUUAUUCUUCUUCCCCUGUUUCAUUUUCUUGUUUGGUUUGAGCCAUAAGUGGGUUUAUUCUUCUGGUUAUCAUGGUAGUUUGCAUCUUGGUUCGUCUGUCAUGGAAUUCAUGGUAAUUAAACAAAGGAUUCAGACUGGCCAAUUUGCUUCAGCACCUGAAGCUGCUCGCUUGAUAGUUGCAAAAGAGGGUUUUAGAGGCCUGUAUGCGGGAUUUGGAUCCUUUCUGCUGCGAGACUUGCCUUUUGAUGCGAUUCAAUUCUGUAUUUAUGAGCAGCUUCGAAUUGGCUACAAAUUAGCUGAUGGAUUAGCAUUACAGCCUCUUGAGUCAAAUCCUUGGAAAAUGUUUCAGGGCUACAUAAAUCUUGAUGUCAGUUUGGCUAGAAGGGACUUAAAUGAUCCUGAAAAUGCAAUUAUUGGUGCUUUUGCUGGUGCAAUCACUGGUGCUAUGACAACACCUCUUGAUGUGAUAAAAACCCGACUAAUGAUACAGGUGGGAUCAAAAAAGCAGUACAAUGGUAUAGUUCACUGCAUAAAUACUAUUCUCAAAGAAGAAGGAAGCUCUGCUUUUCUUAGGGGGAUGGGAGCUCGGGUGGUGUGGAUAGGCAUUGGUGGUUCCAUAUUUUUCGGAGUUCUAGAGAAGUCGAAGCAGCUGCUGGCCCGCAGGCACCCUCUUAAGGAGGAUUGAAAUGUAGGUCCAAGAUUAUUUUUCUAAUAAAGAUUAUUAAUUAAUCUUCGGAGUAGCCAAGGUAGAAAUUUAAUCAUUUGAGCUUCUUGUAAUGAGAUACCCUGUCUUGUGUUUAUCUUCCGUAUUGAUUUCAAAGUAGCUAGAAAGUUGAUGUUGGAUCCCAUGACAAUGCAUAAAUGCUUGGUGUUUGCAGGUUUUUUUUAAUCAUCCAGGUUAUGAGUUGUUUUCGCUAUGUGAUUUUGUGGUGAAGCAUGAGUGUAGACUUCCUGAAAAUAUACCAGAUUCAAACCAAGGAGUAAAUAAACAACUAAAC